CAGGGAGAAAGAAUGGUCUCUUUCUCUACAGCUCUCUGACUCCACCUUCUGUACCUCUUCCAGGGUCAUUAUCAUCUUUGCUUUGUGCUUUGAUCCUGGCAGCUGCUUGGCCUUAUAACAUGGUGGCAGGUGUCCUCCUCCUGUACCACCCAUUGUUUUCAGCCCCCCUCCCCCCGCCAUUUUCAGCCCCGAGAAGCACAGAUUCGUUCUUGAUCUGUGUUCUGUAGUACUGAACAUGCUGACCUGUCUGUCCUUCUCUGAAAUGAUCUUUGUUGGUUGCCAGGAGACUGGCCUUAUUCCACUUGGUGCUCCUCCUGCCUGUUCGGCUGUAGCCACCUUAGCGUUUACUGCAGUUCUGUGUCUUGUUAUCCGCAUGCUGUAUUCCCUUGAUCUUUAGCACCUUUAACAGAUAAACCUUUGGGGGAAGUAUCAUUAAAUUUCCAUUGAAUUCAGAAAUGUAAGGACAUCUUAGAAUCUAGGAAACAAGAGUGACAGCUCAGUGGUCAUGGCCCUUCCAACUGCAUCCAGGCAGUGGGGACCUUGUUUCUUGUUCAUGGUAGUACAUCCCUUAGAGUAGAUGGCCAGUGAAUAUUGAUUGAAUGAAUUAAUUAAAUCUAAACAAAUCUCUGGUUUGUAUGUUGCAUCACCUUGAAACUACAACCACCACCCUCUAGUCCUUCACUGUAAACUUCUUAAAUGUGUGAUGUCUGCUGUCUUCUGUUCUAUCUGUGCAGCCAGUCAAGCUGCCCUGGGUGGGCAUGGGCAUGCAUGUGCAUAUCUGCACCCAUGUGCAUGGCAUGUUCAUGCGUGUGUGUGUCAGCAUGGCGUGGGAGUGUGUGUGCAUACACAUUUGCGUCUGCACGUGCUUCUCCUGCUUUGAUGUCUGGCCCUCCCGCGGACCUCUGGGUUUUUGGAUUGUCCCUCUGACCUGCCUUUUCAUGUCAUCCCUUUUGUUGUCCUUUCUCCGAAGGGAAGCUUCCCAGAGUGACAUCCUCAACCCUCUUCUUGGUCUAUGUUGCUUCUCUGGGCAGCCUCUCUCCUGUGAUUUUGGCAACUACCACCUCGCUGAUGUGUUCUGGCCUUCUGUUUCUGGGCCAGUCACAGUUGCAGAGCUGCCGCCUCAGACCUGUUGGACAGUCUGCCUGGAGGCUCCGUCCAUUCUCCUCUGCAGGCUUCUGCCUGAAUACUGGAACACGGGGGACCCUCCAGGGGAGAAGCCUCAUUCACCUUCAGUUCCCUCUUGUCUCUGCUCUCCACCUCUGCACGGUCAGCAGUGUGGUCAGUUCUGUGUCUUCACUGUUCUUGAGGGCUCCAGCCCUGUCAGCAGAGCCUCUUUCACACCUUUGUCCUCUGGCUUGGAGGACUGCCUUCUAUGCCUUGGGCAUAGGCACUGGGCCUGGCACAGCAGUCAGUCCCCUUUUUCAAAUAGGGACUGAGUUGUGGUGUGUGAAUCACUUGACCCUUGGUGGCUCCUUAUUGCCCCCAGGAUGGAGCCAGGCCCCAGAUGGCACCCAGGACUUCCUAUGCCUUGGCUCCAGCUGUCUCCUGAGGCUCCCCCGACUGACCCUGGCCAGGUUCCCUUCCCCACAGCCACCACCCCCUCCUCUACUGGGAACAGAACCAUGCCACCUCUGGCGACCUCAGCACGCUGCAUCACUGUCCCGGUCCACGUGCCACCUUGUGGGCCCAGGAGAGCCCUGGGGUCCCUGGGUAGCAGAGCGCCUGGCCGUAUCUCUGAGGCCCUAGUGCCGCAGAGUUGAGCUGAGGGUCUCGCACUCGCCCUCUGACUGACCCAGCCCUAGCAGGUGAGUGGAUCCAUGUCGCUCUGAUGGCCAGAGGGAGGCCACACACCUUAUGUGUAUUCUGGAAAGGGCAGCCUUGCACCGCGAGCUUGCUUACCUAAUAAACUGAGUUAGGGGAAUGCUGCGGUGAAGUUUAGCCUAGUUUUUUAAAAUCUUUUUUGAGUGUUAAGAUAAUACUGUUUUUGUGCUUCUGAAGUAGGAAUUACAGUGGACAAUUAAUAUAUUUAACUUUGGACUUAAAUUAUAAUUUAGGUGUUGAAGGAAAAGCAUAGAGCUAAUUUGUUUUGAAGCCUAGAAGGUUCUCUAAGGCAGUAGUAUUUUAAGUUCUUUACUACACUGUUAAUAGCACUUGGUUCUCAGUGCCAAUGAAGCAGAAGGUUUCUGUCAUUUUGUGACGAUGUUUUUAAAUCUCUUUGCAGGUGGAAGAAGAAAGGUGCCACUUUGGCAUGAAGACAGACUCGCUUAGUCGUCAGUCAUUUAAGCUGAGUGCAUUGUGAUUUCCAAUAAUUGAGGCAGUGGUUCUAAAAGCUGUCUACAUUAAUGAAAAGAGCAAUGUGGCCAGCUUGACUAAGCCGCCAGCGUGUGCAGCGCGGGCAGGACGGUACCCGGGUCUCAACGGACUUGUGCAUGUUAGCUGUAUAGAUUUAUGUAAGGUUUUUUAAAACUCUGGUCUUUUAAAAUAGUCUUAACCACUUUUACUAUGGAGACAUAUGAGAGUCCCUCUCCUCUCCCGCGUGAGCCCGCAGGAGAAGCAGUGAUGGAGAACCGAGCUUGCCCCCUCCAAGCGCUGCCCCGUGAACAGUCUCCACCACCUCCCCUGCAAACGUCCAGUGAUGCAGAGGUAAUGGACGUUGGCUCUGGUGGUGAUGGACAGGCCGAAUCCCCUGCUGAGGACCCGCUCAACUUCUACGGAGCUUCUCUUCUCUCCAAAGGAUCCUACUCUAAGGCCCGCCUCCUCAUAGACCCGAACUGUAGUGGCCACAGCCCGCGCACCGCCCGGCACGCACCUGCGGUCCGGAAGUUCUCCCCUGACCUUAAGUUGCUUAAGGAUGUAAAGAUUAGCGUGAGCUUUACCGAGAGCUGCAGGAGUAAGGACAGGAAGGUGCUGUACACAGGAGUGGAGCGCGACGCUCGCACAGAUUGCGGUCUGGCCCUUAGCCCUGUCAGUGGAGACGUGCAUGCUUGUCCUUUUGGCGGGAGUGUUGGGAACGGGGUAGGCGUAGGGGGUGAGAGUGCUGAUAAGAAGGAUGAGGAGAAUGAGCUGGAUCAGGAAAAGAGAGUGGAGUACGCAGUGCUCGAUGAGUUAGAAGAUUUUACUGACAAUUUGGAGCUAGAUGAAGAAGGAGCAGGCGGGUUCACGGCUAAAGCAAUCGUGCAGAGAGACAGAGUGGAUGAAGAGGCCUUGAACUUCUCCUAUGAGGAUGAUUUUGACAACGAUGUCGAUGCUCUGCUGGAAGAGGGCCUUUGUGCUCCCAAAAAGAGGCGAAUGGAAGAGAAAUACGGAGGAGACAGUGACCAUCCGUCUGAUGGAGAGACAAGUGUGCAGCCAAUGAUGACCAAGAUUAAAACCGUGCUAAAAAGUCGUGGCCGUCCUCCUACGGAACCGUUGCCUGAUGGAUGGAUCAUGACAUUCCACAACUCUGGAGUCCCCGUGUACCUACACAGAGAGUCUCGGGUGGUCACCUGGUCCAGGCCGUAUUUCCUGGGAACGGGAAGCAUACGGAAACAUGAUCCUCCUCUGAGUAGCAUUCCCUGUCUGCAUUAUAAGAAAAUGAAGGAUAAUGAGGAAAGAGAGCAAAGCAGUGAGCUUGCCCCCAGUGGGGAAAUGUCCCCUGUCAAGCCGCUGAGCCGAUCUACGGAGCUGGAGUUCCCCCUGGAAGAGCCUGACUCCAUGGGAGCUGACUCAGGGCCCCCUGAUGAGAAGGACCCACUGGGGGCUGAGGCUGCCCCUGGGGCCCUGGGGCAGGUGAAGGCAAAGGUCGAGGUGUGCAAGGAUGAAUCAGUUGAUCUGGAGGAAUUUCGGAGCUACUUGGAAAAGCGUUUUGACUUUGAGCAAGUCACUGUGAAGAAAUUCAGGACUUGGGCUGAGCGGCGGCAGUUUAACCGAGAAAUGAAACGGAAACAGGCGGAGUCUGAGAGGCCCAUCUUGCCAGCCAAUCAGAAACUCAUCACUCUGUCUGUGCAGGAUGCACCCACAAAGAAAGAGUUUGUCAUUAACCCCAACGGGAAGUCCGAGGUCUGCAUCCUGCACGAGUACAUGCAGCGAGUUCUCAAGGUCCGCCCUGUUUAUAAUUUCUUUGAAUGUGAGAACCCAAGUGAGCCUUUUGGUGCCUCGGUGACCAUUGAUGGUGUGACCUAUGGAUCCGGAACUGCAAGCAGCAAAAAACUUGCGAAGAAUAAAGCUGCCCGAGCUACGCUGGAGAUCCUUAUCCCUGACUUUGUCAAACAGACCUCUGAGGAAAAGCCCAAAGACAGUGAAGAGCUUGAGUAUUUUAACCACAUCAGUAUCGAGGACUCACGGGUCUACGAGCUGACCAGCAAGGCCGGACUGUUGUCUCCCUAUCAGAUCCUUCACGAGUGCCUUAAAAGAAACCAUGGAAUGGGUGAUACAUCCAUCAAGUUUGAAGUGGUUCCUGGUAAAAACCAGAAGAGUGAAUAUGUCAUGGCGUGCGGCAAACACACAGUGCGCGGCUGGUGUAAGAAUAAGAGAGUUGGAAAACAGUUAGCCUCUCAGAAAAUCCUUCAGCUGCUGCACCCACAUGUCAAGAAUUGGGGGUCUUUAUUGCGCAUGUAUGGUCGCGAAAGCAGCAAGAUGGUCAAACAGGAGACCUCGGACAAAAGUGUGAUUGAGCUGCAGCAAUAUGCCAAGAAGAACAAGCCAAACCUGCACAUCCUGAGCAAACUACAGGAGGAGAUGAAGAGGCUGGCUGAGGAGAGGGAGGAGACACGAAAGAAACCCAAGAUGUCUAUUGUGGCGUCUGCCCAGCCUGGUGGCGAGCCCCUGUGCACUGUGGACGUAUGAGGGAGGCAGCAGGGUCAGGCGCGGGGACUGCCAGCUCUGCUGCCAGGGAGACCUCACGCCACUCACUCUGCAGCUUCGGGCCUCCGAUCUGAGUUCCUCCCCUGCGGCCAGGCAUCUGCUGUCAGGGCCAGAGGGGUGGGGCUCUGGUGCAGGGGGACAGCAGGGCCACAAAGCUCUUCCUUGGGGGCCGCCCACAGGUCUGAGUGGGCGUGUUCAAGGAUGGACUCUGCUUGUCCACACAGGUGGAAGCCAAGAGCUUGACAAUAACUGUGGAUAACCUCUGCUUAUGUGGACUUGCUGCAGACUGGUUUGAUGAAGGUUUUCAUGUGUGUCAGUACAUAACAUGCACUGACAAAUGUCAGAUAAAAUGAGAAAGUGGUGGCAAAGUUCUGUGGUACCCUGUGCCCAGGGUUCCCGCAGACCACUGCAGGGACCUGGUCAGAAGGCGCACGCUGGGACCCCCAUCCCCUUCCCUGCCUCUUGUGUUUUCCCUUUUUCUCUGAAAAGGUUAUAACAGGAAGGAGUAUUUCAGACCUUUUUGGUUUAAAAUAAACACAAUUUUAGAAUCAGAACUAUUUUUCAGAGAUUGUAGGCAAACCCUCAAGGUGAUUAUUUACCAUCCUUGAAAUGCAUUGCCAGUGUAUGCCUGGCUUGUUGCCCUGGUCCUGGGUUGGCGUGCGGUCCAUUUUUCUGAGUAAGUCUUAAUGUCCUAAAAACACGCCUUCUUAAGACACUGAGGCCCCUCACCUUCACUGGCCUCUGGCAACUUUUUACUAAUGAUUUUUGCACAGUCAAGUCCAUCUGUCCACCCAUCAAUUUUUAAAGCUUUUAUGAAAUUUUAGCAUUUGGAAAGAAACUUUUACAGUGAGAGUAGAAGGUAGAUUUGGAGUCAUGUAGCAGAUAUAAACAAGUUAAUGCAUUUUAGCAUGGGGAUUUUAAAAGAGGAAAUAAGGACCCUCAGUGCAAUCCAUCCGUGAUCACAAAGUGGCACUCUUCUCCAGACCUGGCAUAAACACAUGGAUGGUGGCUGUCUUCCCUGUGACAAUGGCUUCACUGGAUUUCAAGGGCAGUUGCCCUAUGCAGCCAGACCUGGUGGCCAGCUUGUUACUUUGACCAGCAGCCUGUGUUUUCCAAGUGGCUCCUGUGGACCAGUGCAGGGAUAAGUGUGUUCCUGCCCUGAACCCCAGAGGAUGUGGGUGUGCUUAGGGCCCUUGGUUGUCCCCAUGUGCAAGGUACAGGUAGUCAUCAGUUCCCUAUCACCAGGGCCUGCUCAGGGUGCUGUGUGCUCCUGGUGCACUGUCAGCUGCAGGAGCCCAGUGCUGGGUUGCAUUGUCACAUUCCACGGGUGUGCCUGUUCUCCAUCAUGUCCCCCGUGGUUGGUGUUGAUGGCAUUUGUUUUCAGGAAGACAAUGUUGGGUCUUGUGUGCCACCCACAGUGUAUCCCUCCCUUGCCACCUAUGCGACUGAGGUUGGCUUCUGUGUUGACGUUUAUAAACAAAACCCUUAAAUCAAGUUGCUGUAAUUAGA